CCCAGUAUAAGUUGGUCGAUUCUCGCAUGUCUUGAGAAGCUCAACAGCAGUGCCGACGCUAGCGGGCCUCGCAAGGAGAGGGAAUUCGAAUUGCAGCGCACACACAGCGGUAGGAACAGCAGCGAGAGGGAGAGGGAGAGAUAGGGAGGCAGGAAGUCGAGCGUUGAGAGAGAGAGGUGAAGAUGGCGACGUCCGCAGCGCCUGAGGGCGAUCCCUGGUUUGAGAAGAAGCAUGGAGGGACUCGAUUAUGGGGCGAUACUGGAGAGGGGCGGAAUCCUUUCUCCCGCAGGUCCAGUUUGGAAGUGGACGAGGAUGAUUUUGAGGAUUUGAAGUGGGCUGCGCUCCAGCGAUUACCCACAGUUCAAAAGCAGGUUAUGGCUUGUCUUGAUACGAACCUCAUGAUGGAGAAUGGAGAAUUGGGCGAGAAUGGAGAAUCAGGCGAGGGUACUGCAGGAAAGGAUGGUAGGGGGGGAUUAAAUAGACGGGGGAGAGCUCCAAUGGAUCACUAUGACAUACGCAAGCUCAACAAGUUUCAGAGGUCCAAGGUUGUGGACACAGCGUUCAGGACCAAAGAACAUAAUAAUGAGUACCUAUUGAGGGAAAUUGAACAGCGUCUUAACAGGGUUGGCAUCAGUCUCCCCAAUGUCGAAGUGCGUUUCAAUGAUCUGUCUGUGAACGCUGAUAUUCAUGUUGGGAGCCGAGCACUUCCAACCCUGCUUAACUUCUGCCGCAACAUAUUUGGGGACUUACUGUCGACGUUGAAGAUUUCGAAACCCAACAAAAAGGAAUUUCGUAUUUUGAAUGGAGUUAGUGGUGCUGUGAUUCCUGGGAGGAUGACGUUGCUGUUAGGACCCCCUGGAUCUGGAAAAACUACUCUCUUGUUGGCCCUUGCAGGCAAACUUGACAGCUCGCUGAGGAAAUCAGGCGAAAUUACUUACAAUGGAUGCAACAUGUCGGAAUUUCUGCCCCAACGAACGUCUGCAUACAUUAGUCAAGUAGACAACCAUAUUGGUGAACUCACAGUUCGUGAGACAUUAGAUUUCGCAGCUCAGGUUCAAGGGACCGGUUAUAAAUAUGGGAUGAUGGCAGAAUUAGCCCGUCGGGAGAAAGCCCAAGGCAUCAAACCCUCUCCAGAGAUUGAUGCAUUCAUGAAGGGUGUUUCAAUUGAAGGACAUAAACACAGUAUCAACACCGACUAUAUUUUGAAAGUUCUGGGCUUGGAGAUGUGCGCCGAUAUAUUGGUUGGUAAUGACAUGGUGCGGGGCAUCUCUGGCGGACAGAAGAAACGAGUGACAUCAGGUGAAAUGAUUGUAGGACCAAAGAAAACACUCUUCGCGGACGAAAUUUCAACGGGUUUAGACAGUUCAACGACGUUUCAAAUUGUCAAAUGUUUACGGAAUUUCACACAUCUUCUACAAGGAACAAUUUUGAUGGCACUUCUGCAACCUGCACCAGAAACCUUCAAUUUGUUUGAUGAUAUUUUGCUUCUUGCCGAAGGUCAUAUAGUUUAUUACGGCCCACGAGAGAAUGUGCUAGAUUUCUUUGAAAGUUUGGGAUUCAGGCUCCCGCCUCGGAAAGGUGUCGCCGAUUUUCUUCAAGAGGUAACUUCAAGGAAAGAUCAGCAACAAUAUUGGGCCGACACAAGCAGGCCAUACCAAUUUAUUCCUGUAGCGCAACUAGCUCGUGCUUUCCAAGAUCAUCAAGUUGGAAGAGACUUGAAGAGCUACUUGGCGAAACCUUUCGACAAAGGUGGAGGUCACCCUGCAGCUCUAGUAAAAAGAAAAUACGCUUUGGGUCAAUGGGAUAUGUUUCGAGCCUGCCUUGCAAGGGAAUAUCUCCUUAUGAAACGAAACAGCUUUCUUUACAUCUUCCGAACUUGUCAGGUAGCCUUCGUGGCAUUUUUAACAUCAACUCUUUUCUUGCGGACGAGACUUCAUCCAACUGAUGAAAGAAAUGGUUCCCUCUACCUCGGCACCUUAUUCUUCGCUUUGAUACAUAUGAUGUUCAAUGGAUUUUCAGAGAUGGCUAUAACUGUGGCACGUCUGCCAGUAUUUUACAAACAGCGAGACAAUUAUUUCUAUCCUGGCUGGGCGUUUGUUGCUCCCAAUUGGAUUCUGAGGUUACCCUACUCAUUUAUCGAGUCUCUUAUCUGGUCGGUUAUAGUCUACUAUUCCGUGGGACUUGAUCCAAGUGCUGGAAGGUUCUUUCGUUAUUUCCUGCUUCUGAUGGUUGUACAUCAGAUGGCACUCGGACUGUUCCGUUUGAUUGGAUCUGUUGGGCGCACUAUGGUGAUUGCCAAUACGUUCGGUUCAUUCACUCUUCUAGUUGUGUUCCUUCUCGGCGGAUUUGUUCUAGACAAAGACUCAAUACCUGUUUGGUGGGUUUGGGGGUACUGGAUAUCUCCACUUUCAUAUGCCCAAAAUGGGAUUGCGGUGAAUGAGUUUCUUGCCCCAAGAUGGAGGAAGCCAAGUCCUGUCGAUGGACGACCCCUUUACUUGAACAUUCUUCAGGGACGUGGACUUGCCACCGAACCUUUUUGGUAUUGGACAAGUAUUGGUGCUUUGAUUGGCUUCGCUAUACUGUUCAACUUUCUCGUCACCAUCGCCGUUACAAAACUGAAACCUUUUGGGAAACCACAAGCAACUUUGCCCGAAGAGGCUCUUCGAGAAAAAGCUGCUAAUGAGCAUGGUGAAGAUGCAGUUAGUGGACCAUCAGUGAGGUUUGAGAUUAGCAAUUUAAGUUUGCGCUCAAGUUCAGUACGCCAGAUGCAAAGAGAUCACACUCAGCAAAGAAUGACAAUGCGAUCAACUGAAGACACCGUUCAUCCCGAUCAAGAAGAGCAACAGGCGGAAGAAGUCAAGAAAGGAAUGAUAUUGCCUUUCCGACCUCUUUGUCUUACAUUUCAUAAUGUUUGCUACUAUGUCGACAUGCCACCGGAGAUGAAAAAGAAGGGGGUUGAAAACAUCCCUCUGCAGCUGCUGCGAAAUGUGAGUGGAGCAUUCAGACCAGGGGUGCUGACUGCCUUGGUUGGAGUGAGUGGCGCGGGUAAAACAACCUUGAUGGAUGUCCUUGCUGGAAGGAAAACAGGUGGUACCACAGAAGGAGACAUAAGGGUGUCCGGUUUCGUCAAACAACAACAAACCUUUGCCCGCAUUUCCGGAUAUGUUGAGCAGACAGAUAUUCACUCUCCACAGGUCACCGUCUAUGAGUCGUUAGCAUACUCAGCAUGGCUCCGUCUUCCUAAUUCUGUGGACCAACAAACACGAGAGGCCUUUGUGCAGGAAAUUAUGGAACUUGUGGAGUUAACAUCACUCCAACAUGCACUAGUUGGAUUGCCUGGCAGUACUGGUCUUUCUACAGAGCAAAGAAAAAGGCUCACCAUUGCUGUUGAACUGGUUUCUAAUCCCUCAAUUAUCUUCAUGGAUGAACCAACUUCUGGAUUGGAUGCCAGAGCAGCCGCCAUUGUGAUGCGAACAGUCCGAAAUACCGUGGACACAGGAAGGACUGUUGUUUGCACAAUUCAUCAACCUAGCAUUGAUAUUUUUGAGGCUUUUGAUGAGCUUCUGUUGAUGAAACAUGGAGGGCAAGUCAUCUACGCAGGAUCCCUUGGCAAAGAGUCAUGUGACUUGGUGGAAUAUUUUCAGGCAGUACGAGGAGUUGAACCAAUUACUGAUGGCUACAAUCCAGCAACGUGGAUGUUAGAUGUUACUACUCCAGCCAGAGAAAACGCUUUGAACCUAGACUUUGCUGAAGUCUUUAGGAACUCAGAUAUGUUCAGGAGAAAUGAGGCUGUGAUUGAAUCGCUCACAACUCCUGCUGAUGGAACUGAGGAUCUCAAAUUUCCAACUGUAUACUCCAGGAGUAUUGGAACUCAAUUUUUGGCCUGUAUCUGGAAGCAGAAUAUCACUUACUGGCGUAGUCCCUACUACAAUGCAGUGCGAUUUUUCUUCACAACAAUUUGCGCACUGAUCUUUGGGUCUAUAUAUUGGGGCCGUGGGACAAAAAGGCAGACCCAACAAGAUGUUUUAAAUGUCAUGGGUGCCCUUUAUGCUGCCGUGCUCUUCCUGGGUGUGAAUAAUGCCUCAAGUGUACAACCAGUAGUGGCAGUCGAACGUACAGUAUUUUAUAGGGAAAGAGCAGCGGGAAUGUAUUCAAGCAUUCCGUAUGCCAUAGCUCAGGGAGCCGUAGAAAUACCAUACGUUCUUCUUCAAACGAUCAUUUAUAGCUUAAUUACCUACUCGAUGAUCCAAUUUGAAUGGACUGCAGCCAAAUUCUUCUGGUACUUCUUAUACAUGUUUUUAACAUUUUUAUACUUCACAUUCUACGGCAUGAUGGCUGUUGGGCUUACCCCUUCUCAACAGUUAGCAGCAGUAAUAUCCUCGUUCUUCUACUCCGUCUGGAACCUAUUUUCUGGGUUUUUGAUACCAAGAACUGCAAUGCCUCCAUGGUGGGUUUGGUACUAUUGGCUCUCGCCGGUUGCGUGGACUCUAAAUGGGCUCGUUACUUCUCAACUGGGAGAUGUUGAAACAGUUAUGGAGGCUCCGAAUGCGGUUCCUGUUAAAGACUACAUUGAAGAUUUCUUUGGAUACAAUCACGACUGGUUGGGUUACAUUGCAGCGGUGCUCAUAGGAUUUUGCUUACUCUUCUGGAGUGUUUUUGCCUUCUCAAUCAAGUACUUCAAUUUUCAGAAACGUUAGUGGACGUGGUUCUAAUCAUGACGCUUAGUAGGUAGGCUAAAUUUGCCAGACAUAUCACGAUGUGUAGAUAAGUUGGGAAAAAUUACAGGAAGACGCGGCUGAAGUAGGGUUUGUACAUAGAAAAUUGAUAAAUUUCACGGCUUUUUUGCCACUCGAGAAAUUAUUAAGAGUAUAUAAAGGGAGAGCAACGAACGAGGAACGUACCUGGUAGAAGUGAACUAGAUGCAACAAAAGGUAAAUAUCGCUCUUAUAUGAAAAAUGUGUAAUUUGAACCAAUCACAGAUAGGAAGAAGACUUGAAAAUAGCCUACGUCUACAGGCAUAUUAUAGUAUAAGACUUGCGGUACGAAUGCACGUUCUAGUUUUAUAAGUCUUCGCCCUCGGUCACGAGUGUGGCCAUGUUUGUACUGAUAUUGAAUCAGGCUAUGUCCAGUCAUGAAUGGGCAGUGCAAAGUGAAAGUAGCCCUAAUCCUUAUGCUAGAUUUCAGUUCAGAAACCGUUCUAACUAUUCUGCCAUUUUGAGAUAAAAAUUUCGUCAGUGAUCUUACUCGAAGAACACUAGCACAAGGAGUGAAGAUGGUUAGUAUUGUGCACGGUAAUGUGUGAUAUGUCGACAGUGGAUGAGUCGCCGUGCGGACUUGUUUGUACUGUUUGCAUGCGUCUCUGGCAGUAGCGACAGCUGCACCAUGUAAGUGUUGUAGAGCAACUUUACCAAAGAAGUAAAAUAAGGCUAUCAAGCUAGUCGUUC